AAUAGUUCCGAGGGCUGUGGAACAAUAGAAGAAGAAUAGUUUGUUGACAGGGCGUGUUAAGAAACUUCACGCGUAAGUGCAGAACUACGGACCAACCUAGAGAGCCCUAAGGAAGUUCCUCAUCGCACGCGAAUAAUACGAGUGAAUACUCUCAUCUCAGACUCGCCAGUAUACGUGGGGGUUGUCUCGCAGCAAGUUGUCCCGAUACACAAGAUUAUGACGCAAAGUAGACAUAGCUAUGUUCGAGCCCUAUUCGCUUAGAACUAGUGAUCAAUAUCACUUUUGUGAACGACGUUGCCAAUAUGAAGUUCGCUGUUGCAAGUGCCGCUACUUUGACCGUUGUUCUCGCUGGUCAGUGCACCAGUGAGGACCAAGCCUUCUGGACUUCCUAUGGUCAGACGUUCAGCAACUUCCUUGCUGGGUGUGGGAAACAAGCCUGGGGUGAUGCCAAGGGUACCACCAAAUGUCUAGUGAAUGACCCCAUGAACAAACUCACUUCUUCUUGUGCCCAAUGUUUUGGUGAUUCUGUUGAAUGCGGGAGAGGCUCAUGUAUGUUCAGCUGCAUUUCUGGGCCCGCCACGAGCAAGUGUCUUAAGUGUAUACAUAAGUCUGACUGUGAUGACAAACUUUAUGCCUGCACUGGAUACUCUGCUGACGAAAUGCCGCCUGAUCCGACCGGAACUGUUUCGACUUUGCCUGUGACUACUGCAGCACCGACUACUACCACUACCACCACUACCACCACUACCACCACUACCACCACUACCACCACUACCACCACUACCACCACUACCACCACAACCACCACUACCACUACUCCUAGCACUACUACUACUCCUAGCACGACUACCACCACUCCUAGCACUACUACUCCUACCACGACUACCACCACUCCUAGCACGACUACCACCACUCCUAGCACUACUUCUACUACCACAACCACCACUCCUAGCACUACUACCACAACUACCACAACUACCACACCAACUACUACAACUCCUUCUACCACGACCACUACUACCAGUGCCACUACGACUUUUCCCAGCACUACCACUACAACUACGUCUAGUACUACCACUACAACUACGUCUAGUACUACCACUACAACUACGUCUAGUACUACCGCUACAAUUAGCCCGAGCGUUUCAUCUACUACUAGCAUUACUGCUACUACUUCUAUCCCGAGCAGCACCACCGCUUCUCUGCAAGGGAUGUGCAGCAGCAGCGAUCACGAUUUGUGGGCUUCUUAUGGACAAGCUUACAGUAACUUCAUCGCUUACUGUGGUCUCCAGUCGUUCGGUGAUGCCAAGGCUAGUACUGCCUGUAUUGAGAAGUCCGGGUUGUCCGAUUCCUGUUCUAACUGCUUCGGUCAGUCGAUUCAGUGUGGUCGUGACGUGUGUAUGAUGAGCUGCAUUUCUGGCCCUGCUACUAAGAAGUGCUUGAACUGUAUCGCGAAGACCAAGUGCAACCCUGAUCUGUACAAGUGCACAGGUUAUACAGUCAAUGAGAUGCCGCCUAACCCAACUGGUACCAGUCCUUUGCCCACCACUACCAUUGCUCCUGUCACUACCACCGUCGCCCCCACUACUGAGUCGACUGUCACUACCACCGUCGCCCCCACUACUGAGUCGACUGUCACUACCACCGUCGCCCCCACUACUGAGUCGACUGUCACUACCACCGUCGCCCCCACUACUGAGUCGACUGUCACUACCACUGUCGCCCCCACUACUGAGUCGACUGUCACUACCACUGUCGCCCCCACUACUGAGUCGACUGUCACUACCACCGUCGCCCCCACUACUGAGUCGACUGUCACUACCACCGUCGCCCCCACUACUGAGUCGACUGUCACUACCACCGUCGCCCCCACUACUGAGUCGACUGUCACUACCACCGUCGCCCCCACUACGGAGUCAAUUGCCACUACCACUGUCGCCCCCACUACGGAGUCAAUUGCCACUACCACCGUCGCCCCCACUACUGAGUCGACUGCCACUACCAGUGUCGCUCCCACUACUGAGUCGACUGUCACUACCACUGUCGCUCCCACUACUGUCGGCCCGGUCGAAACCUCGACUACUGCUGCUCCUGCGCCAAAGCACAGCUGCGUUGAGGCCGACAAGAUCUGUGCGCAGUCCUAUGCGGGUUCGUACUGCAAGUAUUGGAUGGAUGAGCCUACUUGUUUCGGUAGCGAUAUCGCUUGCUCUUGUUCUGACGACACCGUUAGUACUACCACACACUCCAUUGCUCAAUGUGAUGCUGAGUGUGCUGCUGGAUUCCCGGGAUCUUAUUGCAAGUACUGGGAGGAGCCUUCGGUCUGCUUCGGUUCAAACAAGCCUUGCUCUUGCUAA